AUGGCAACAACACCCACCAACGACAAAAACAACAACGGCUCCUACCCACCUCCACAAAAUCCUCCUCCCGGCGGUUACCCCGUCGACGUUCCCUAUCCCUACGCAGCUCCUCCACCACCCUCUUCAUACCCCACCACCACUGCAUUCUAUCAACAACCAACAACCACCUUCACUUACCACCAACCCUCCACCCGCGUGAAGUCCAUCCUAUGCGGCUUCAUCUUCGUCAUAACUGUCAUCCUCGGCAUCACUAUCUUGAUAGGUUAUUUCAAUCUCAAGCCACGUGCCCCUGAGUUCCGAGUCGACUCAGCUUCACUCACUUCCUUUAAUAUCAACGCCUCCGGUCUCACAGCUAAAUGGGAUUUCACUCUCACCGUCUCAAACCCUAACAAAAAAAUCGAUUUCUCAUACGAAGCCAUUGCCGCCGGUGUCUUUUACGACGGUGAAAAUGAUCUAGGGCUUCUUGCAUCGACUCGUCUUGCACCGUUUCGCCAACCAACACAGAGUAAAACUUCGUUCCAAGUAGAAUUCGCGGUUGUGAAUGAGUUUCUGGAUAACCGCGUUGCUAAUGGUAUUGCCGGAGGACGGGUUCGCGGUGUGGUGAAUUUUGCGUUGGCGGUUAAUGCUGUGAUUAAACUCAGUGGUUGGUUACACCCAGGGAAUCAUAAAUUUAAGGUUGCAUGCGAACCUUUGAACUUUGCAAUUUCGUCGUUGGAUAAUAACAACGCUACUGGCCAAUUGUUGCGUGGUGUAACAUGUGAUUGA